AUGUUGAGCUGGGUCCAGAAGGUGCUGCCUCAGCCUCCGGGGCCCCCUCAGAAGACUGACGAGGGAGCAGGACCACAGCCAGAACCAGAGCCGGAACCUGAAGCAAAACCAGAACCUGAGCCGGAGCCUGAGCCGGAACCAGAGCCGGAACCUGAAACAGCCCCUGAAGAGGCUGCGCCAGAGGUCCAGAGCCUGCCACCUGAGGAGCCAGUGAAAGGGGACGACGUGGUUGAGACAGGUCCUAGCCUUCAAGAGGCCCAGGAAGCUGACCCUCCUCAGCCCACCUUCCAGACCCAGACUGAUGUUGCCACGGUGAACAGCCCCAGGGCCUGGAUGCUGAGCUGGUUCUGGAAGGGCAUGGAGAAGGUUGUGCCACAGCCCGUCUGUAGCGGCGGCGUGGGAGACCCGGAUCAGGUGCAAGGGCAGGUCGACCCGAGGCAGGGUGGAGCACAGAUCCGGGGGCCCUGUGGCACUGGGAACCCAGGGUCGGCUGAUGGCUCAGAUGAAGCUCCAGACACUGAGCCAAGCCUGUGGCUGCUCAGGUGGCUUGAGCAGAACCUGGAGAAAGUGCUGCCUCAGCCCCCUACACCCUCUCAGGCCUGGAAAGCUGAACCCGAGGCUGUUGUCUUGGACCCAGAUCCUCCAGAACCCCCACUGGAGAUAGAGCCCACCGAGAGCUCCUCCCAGCCUAAUCCUGGAAUCCUGGAACCUGAGGAGGAGCCUGCAGCAGAGCUCCAGCCUAGCUUCCAAGUCUCUUCCCUGCCACCACCUGGGGACCCUGUCAGGCUGAUCGAGUGGCUCCUACACAGGCUGGAGAUGGCCCUGCCACAGCCCGUGUUCCAUGGGAAAGCCACGGAGCAAGAGCCUGGAUGCCCUGAUACGUGUGAUGUGCAGACUAUCAGCAUCCUCCCUGUGGAACAGGUGGAGCAAGAUCUUAUACUGGAGGAGGUGGACCCUUGCUGGGAGGACACCCAGCAGGAAGACAGUGCCAGCCUGCAGGAGACAGAGAUGGUUCUGGUUUAUGAAGAAGAGAGUGAGGCCAUGGUGGAGACGCCCAGGGAGAUGCCGCUGAUUGAAGAGGAGAGAGAAGAGGAGGAGGAAGAGGAGGAGGAAGAAGAGGAGGAAGAGGAGGAGGAGGAGGAAAAGGAGCCUGUGGAAGAACAGCGCUUUGCUGACAAGGAGAAGCAUGCUGAAGAGGAGGAGGAGAAGCAGCAGGAGGAGGAGGAAGAAAAGCAGGAGGAGGAGGAGGAGGAGAAGGAAGAGGAGGAGAAGGAAGAGGAGGAGGAGGAGGAAGAGGAGAAGCAGCAGGAGGAGAAGGAGGACGAGAAGCAGGAGGAAGAAAAGCAGGAGGAAGAGGAGCAGGAGGAGGAGAAGCAGGAGGAGGAGGAGAAGCAGGAGGAGGAGGAGGAGCAGAAGCAGGAGGAGGAGGCCACGAACUCAGCAGUACCAGCCACGAAAGAGCACCCAGAGCUCCAGGUGGAAGACACAGAUGCUGACAGUGGGCCCCUCAUCCCAGAGGAGAAGUUCCCUUCACCGGAGAGACCACCGCCGGCUCCUGGCCAAACCGACACCCUCGCUGUUCCGGGCUCUGCCGCAGCCGCCCAAAGGAAGAAGCUACCUUCUCAGGAUGAUGAAGCUGAAGAGCUCAAGGCCCUGUCACCAGCUGAGUCCCCAGUGGUUGCCUGGUCAGACCCAACCACCCCACAGGAGGCCGACGACCAGGACCGUGCAGCCUCCACAGCCAGCCAGAACAGCGCCAUCAUCAAUGACCGUCUCCAGGAGCUGGUGAAGAUGUUCAAGGAGCGGACAGAGAAGGUCAAGGAGAAGCUCAUUGACCCUGAUGUCACCUCUGAUGAGGAGAGCCCCAAGCCCUCCCCAGCCAAGAAGGCCCCAGAAGCAGCCCCAGCCCCGAAGCCCGUGGAGGCAGAGGCGGCAGAGGAGGAGCACUACUGUGACAUGCUUUGCUGCAAGUUCAAGCGCAGGCCCUGGAAGACGUACCGGUUCCCGCAGAGCAUCGACCCGCUGACCAACCUCAUGUACAUCCUGUGGCUGUUCUUUGUGGUGAUGGCCUGGAACUGGAACUGCUGGCUGAUCCCCGUGCGCUGGGCCUUCCCGUACCAGCAGCCAGACAACAUCCACCUCUGGCUAUUUAUGGACUACCUGUGCGACUUCAUCUACCUCCUGGACAUCACUGUGUUCCAGAUGCGCCUGCAGUUUGUCAAAGGCGGGGACAUCAUUACAGACAAAAAGGAGAUGCGUGACAACUACCUGAAGUCUCGCCGGUUUAAGAUGGACCUGAUCUGCCUGCUGCCCCUGGACUUCCUCUACUUGAAAUUUGGUGUGAACCCCCUCCUUCGCCUGCCCCGCUGCCUGAAGUACAUGGCCUUCUUUGAGUUUAAUAAUCGCCUGGAAGCCAUCCUCAGCAAAGCCUACGUUUACAGGGUCAUCAGGACCACUGCCUACCUGCUGUACAGCUUGCACCUCAACUCCUGUCUUUAUUACUGGGCAUCAGCCUUCCAGGGCAUCGGGUCCACUCACUGGGUUUACGAUGGCGUGGGGAACAGUUACAUCCGAUGCUACUACUGGGCUGUGAAAACCCUCAUCACCAUCGGAGGGCUGCCUGACCCCCAGACACUCUUUGAAAUUGUCUUCCAGCUACUGAACUAUUUCACAGGCGUCUUCGCUUUCUCCGUGAUGAUUGGGCAGAUGAGAGACGUGGUGGGAGCUGCCACAGCGGGGCAGACCUACUACCGAAGCUGCAUGGACAGCACCGUGAAGUACAUGAACUUCUACAGGAUCCCCAGGUCUGUGCAGAACCGCGUCAAGACCUGGUACGAGUACACCUGGCACUCACAAGGCAUGCUGGACGAGUCAGAGCUGAUGGUGCAGCUUCCAGACAAGAUGCGACUGGACCUGGCCAUUGACGUGAACUACAGUAUUGUCAGCAAAGUGGCGCUCUUCCAGGGCUGUGACCGCCAGAUGAUCUUCGACAUGCUCAAGCGCCUUCGCUCCGUCGUCUACCUGCCCAACGACUACGUGUGCAAGAAGGGGGAGAUUGGCCGAGAGAUGUAUAUUAUCCAGGCCGGGCAGGUGCAGGUGCUGGGUGGCCCAGACGGAAAGGCUGUACUGGUGACACUCAAAGCCGGGUCCGUGUUUGGAGAGAUAAGCUUGCUGGCUGUCGGGGGCGGGAACCGGCGCACGGCCAACGUGGUGGCCCACGGAUUCACCAACCUCUUCAUUCUGGACAAGAAGGACUUGAAUGAAAUUUUGGUGCAUUAUCCUGAAUCUCAGAAGUUGCUCCGGAAGAAGGCCAGGCGCAUGCUGAGAAACAACAACAGGCCGAAGGAGGAGAAGAGUGUGCUCAUCCUGCCCCCGAGGGCAGGCACCCCGAAGCUCUUCAAUGCAGCCCUCGCUGCAGCAGGAAAGAUGGGUGCCAAGGGGGCCAAGGGCGGCAAGCUGGCCCACCUGAGAGCCAGGCUCAAGGAACUGGCUGCGCUGGAGGCAGCCGCUCGACAGCAGCAGCUGCUGGAACAGGCCAAGAGCGCUCAGGAAGCCGGGGGAGAGGAGGGCUCCGGAGCCGCAGACCAACCCGCGCCCCAGGAACCUCCAGAGCCCAAGGAGCCCCCAGCCCCGAGCUCUCCCCCGCCAGCCCCGGAGAAGCCUGAGGGAGGCACGGAGGAGGCAGCUGGGCCCUCGGAGCCCUCCGUGAAGAUCCGUGUGAGCCCGGGCCCGGAGCCCGGGGAGCAGACGCUGUCGGUGGAGAUGCUGGCGGAGAAGAAGGAGGAGGCUGAGUGAGGUACAUUCAGCGCCCCAGGAACCCUAUGAUCCCAUCCCCCAGUGGGCGCCCAGCGGUGGAGCUGCCUGCCUCGCCAAGCUUCCUAGCCCACGGGUACCUCCCCACAGGCUUGCUGUGGAAACCCUCAAAUUUCAUCAGAUGUUGGUGGUGGACUUGAACUCCUACCAUCCCUGGAGCACCCUGCCUCCCUCCCACAGCUGCUGUUCUCAAGAAAACUGCCUUGCACUUUUAAGAUUUUUAAAGGAGGGAAUAGAAGAGAGUUCGGCAUCAAGGACAGCUCUACUAAAAAAAUCAAGGAUUGGUGAUAUGGCAAAGUCCCCACCAGUACCCACCUUUUGUUUAAAUGAUAGGGAAGAGCUGAACUGGGGGAGCGCACUUGCAAACCCAGCAUUGGGGAGGCUGAGUCGGGAGGGUCCUGAGUUCAAAGUCAGCCAGGGCUACUUAGUGAGAGUCUGCCUGAAGACACCGAUAGCCAAACAGCUUGGGAGUUCCCAAGCGCCUCUCAGCCAGUGGCUCUCAACCUGGGGGCUGUGAUCCCUUUGGGGUCUAGCGACCCUUUCAUAAGGGUCGCCUAAGACCACCAGAAAUAUCAGAUAUUUACAUUAUAAUUCGUAAUGGCAGCAAAAUUACAGUUACGUAGUAGCAAUGGAAACAAUGGCUGGGGAUCCCGACAAGGUAAGGAAGGCAGCAAGGAAGGUUGAGGACCACUGCUCUGAGCAUCCGCAGAUCCCAGAGCAGCACACACCGUCAUCUAGCCGACGGCAGGGCGGGUGACCCGGCGGCCUAUCCACCGCAGGCCACGGUGACCGGCGUUCUUACCUUACUUUAGUAGGUAAUGAUUUAAAAGCCCUGCAUGCUGCGCCUAGCACCCAUUCUCCCUGACCACUCACAAGCCUAAAGUAGCAGCUAUGAAAACAACCGGUAGUUCUCCGUCAGCAUUUAGAGGGUAUGCUUGUAGCUAGGCACCGUGUGGCACUAGAAGCUGAGGCAGGAGGAUGACAAGUUUGAAGUCAGCCUGGGCUUUAUAACAAUAUCCUAUCUCAAAAAGGGAAAGGGGGCUGGGGAAGGAGCGGUCCAUUGGUGAUGGCAGCAGAGCCCCUUGUUCAGAUGCGCCGACACCUCGGCACUGCUCAUCAGUGAGCAUUCGGAUCGCUUCUAAUCUCACACUAUUAAGAGUAACACCGUGGGCUGGAGAGAUGGCUCAGUGGUUAAGAGCACUGGCUGCUCUUCCAGAGGUCCUGAGUUCAGUUCCCAGCACCCAUACAGUGGCUCACAACCAUGUGUCUGAUGCGCUCUUCUGUCAUGCAAGCACACAUGCAAAUAGAGUGCUCAUAUACGUAAGUAAAUUUUAGAAAAAUCACAGGGCCACUGAGAGGGCUCAGUCCGUAAAGGCCCUGGCCACCCCACCGUGCAAGCCUGACCUAAGUGAAAUCUUUGAAAUCCAUGUGAAGGUGGAAAGAAUUGGCACCAUGAAGUUGUCUACACACACACACACACACACACACACACACACACGAGAGCUCACAAUAAUAAAAUCGUGUACAGAAUGGAGUUUGGCUUGCUCGCUUGCCCUAUUUGAGGCCUUGGUUUUGAUCCUCAAUACCAAAAGAAAGAAUCGCAAAAAACCCUAAUCUCACUGGUACACCUUAUUUUU